UACACUAAAACGCGUAAUUAUAUCCUCAUUUCGCCCGACGAGAUAAAAAUCAUAAAAACACAAAACCCAACUCAACAUUAUCCAGUGGAAAUCACCAUGUUAACGACAAUAAUCAUCCUGGUCACUUGUGUGCUAAUUUCCAGCUUUGCAGCUUUUAUGAAAAACAAAUAUGUAGCCGAAAUAGAAACGAUCCAAACGUGCCCCAAUAACUUCCAGAUGGAAACUCCAAUAACCAAUUUAAAACUGUCGCGUUAUAAUCGCACCCAGAAAGCCUUGAGCUACGAUUUUACGUAUCUCAGACCUUUGGACGAAAAAGUGGGCGGAGCUGUUAGUGCCGACAGAUGGGGGGAUGGCGGGUGGAUUAAUAUACCGUUUUUGGGAUUUCAGCCCUACAUUUGUAGAUACAUGUUGCGAUUUUUGAGGAGUGUUUGGGUACCGUUUUAUGAGAACGUCGGGGUUGCUCAUCCUGAUCGUUGCCCAAUUCCACCGGGAAAGUAUUCGCUGAAGAACUAUUCCAUGGAUAGCACUGGGAUUAACAUCCCGUUUUUUAGUGGGCGGUUUAGGUUCACGUCCACGUUUCAGGAUGUCGACACCAAAGAAAACAUUGAGUCAACGUUGCUUCGAAAACGUUUCAAAGACAUUGAAGCUACUCACCCUCUGGCGGAAGAAACAAGGGACGAAAAACACCAACUAAAACCGUUUCAUCCGCGUCAUUUUCUAGCACUUUUCUGUUUGUGUGUGCUAGCUUUCGUGGUUGUAAUCGUCGUACAAAAGCGGCUCCCAAAACCCUUAAUGGUCGCCGACGAACGCGAAAACCGUGACCGGUUUAUUUCAGAGCGAGCCUACAAUUUUUUGAAAAAACUUACAAAAAUAGGCCCUCGACUUGCAGGUAGCUACGAGAAUGAAGUAGUUGCAGUUGGACUACUCACACGCGAAGUGAAAGAAAUCAUCAAAGGUUCAAACAAAAUCCACUCUAUUGAACUAGAUGUUCAGAGGGUUAGUGGCGAUUUUGAUAUGGAUUUUCUGGAUGGGAUGGCCAGUGUAUACCGGAAUGUACAAAAUGUUGUCGUUAGGAUUGCAUCAGGAGUUAAGUCCAGACAUAGCUUACUUGUAAACUGUCACUUCGAUUCAGCUGUUGAUAGUCCCGGUGCCAGCGACGACGGGGCUGGUUGUGCCGUCACCCUAGAAACCCUCCGAGUCCUGUCAAGAUCCCCCAAACCCUUCCCCCACAACAUCAUCUUCCUCUUCAACGGCGCCGAAGAAAAUUUCAUGCAAGCGAGCCACGGUUUCAUCACUCAACACAGAUGGGCGAAAGAAGUUCGUGCUUUUGUUAAUCUGGAAGCUUGUGGUGCCGGCGGCAGAGAAUUACUCUUCCAGGGCGAUCCCAGAAACUCCUGGUUACUCAAAACGUACUCUAAAGCAGUAGCACAUCCAUAUGGGUCUUCUCUAUCUCAGGAAUUCUUUGAAAGCAAACUGUUUGUGGGGGACACGGAUUACAGGAUUUUUAGGGAUUUUGGGAACGCUUCAGGGUUGGAUUUUGCGUGGACGACAAACGGGUACGUGUACCACACGAAGCUGGAUACCAUCGAGCAAGUCCCAAUGGGGUCGCUGCAGAGGACAGGAGAUAACAUUGUGGGUUUGGUUAAAGCGGUUAUCAGUAGGCCGGAGUUGGGUGAAGAUCGAAGCGAUGGGAGCAAAGUGGUGUUUUUUGACAUGUUGGGGGUUUUUAUGGUACAAUACACCAUGGGUGUGUCGGAUUUGGUCAAUUUGGUGACAAUAGCGGUUUCACUGUUCUUGGUCAACAAAAAUGUACAAACAAAUCAUUUGACCACCAAGAAGUGCUAUAAAAAUCUAUUAAGUUGCACGCUUGGAAUUGCCGCGUCUUGGAUCAUUUCCAUAACGUUGGUUGUUUUAAUAGCACUUUGGUUAACCAUCCUGGGCAAAACCAUGAGCUGGUUUGCACGUCCAUGGUGGCUUUUCGUUCUUUACGUAGUUCCAACAGUUUUGGCCUCGAUGGUAGUGCUCCAUUUACACUCCAAACGCUAUCUCAAAAACUUUGCCACGUCUCCAUGGACCAUAUUUCGUUUAUACCGCGACGCUUAUCACUUAAUCUGGACCAUAAUGCUGAUCUUUGGCCUACUGAUAAGAACCCGGUCUAGUUUUAUUAUACUGAUUUGGGGUUUUUUCGCCUCAGUUGAAAACUUUCUAGAAACAAAAUUCGGAAACUGGAAAGGGCCAAAAUGGUUGUUCCUACACGUGGCAAUAAAUGCUUUACCUUUCACCCACUGGAGUGACAUGAUUGUAACCCUCUUGAACCUACUUAUUCCUGCAGCGGGAAGAAUGGGGACUGGAAUUAAUUCCGAAAUUGUCAUUGCUUUCACAGUCUCUUUACUAACCGUAUUUCUCUCCGGUUUCGUCGUUCCACUAAUUUUGCUCACACACAAAGUUGGAAAAAUUUUUCGCUUGUUCGUGACCAUCUUCUGUGUGUUUAUUGCCAUAUUGGUGUUUACACCUCUGGGUUUUCCAUACUCUGGCGAACUUACAUCUUUGGCACCACAGCGGUUCAUGAUUGUGCACACUAAGAGAAUUUUCCACGACGCUACUGGAGCAGUAGUUACAAAAACGGGCUAUUGGACACUCACUCUUGACAUGAAUAGCCCUCAUUCUGUCAAAAAAUAUGUUCCUGAGGUGGCACGGGUCCAACCGGUAGAUCGAGAUUGUAUACAUUAUUUGUACUGUGGAAUGCCAUAUUUCGCUCCUGGUUUGAGUAUACUGUGGAAAACGCAUUGGAUACCGGGUCCUGAACCAGAGCCACUUCCUAAAUCCACAUUCAAAAUACUCAAAAAAGAAACUACCAGCGAUAAAAUUAAAUUUCUGGUGGAAAUUGAUGCUCCGACGACGACAAAUAUUAUAAUUUCUCCCGUUUUGGGCGCAGAAUUGACUAGGUGGACUCUAGGAAGUGGCAAACCGUUACAAGGACCCCUGUGGAAUGGAAGAAACACCCACUUCAUUUUUUAUGGGUAUGGAUUAAAACCCACUCCCUUUAAAUUCACCAUGGAUUUCCAGGUUCCAUCGGGUCAUUCGGGUUCAAUCAUGGACCUCGCCCUUUGUUCCCAGUUCAUGUCCCAGCCCAGGAAGACUUCGAAACGCUUCAGAGAUUUCAUCGCACAAUUUCCUUCAUGGACAACAGUGGCUUCCUGGACCGCCAUAUACGAAUCGUGGACAAUUUAA